AUGCAGAUCGUGGUUCGCCGCGACCUCCUAACCACCGAGGGCUGGGGCGUAGGCCCGCUCAUGGCGCAAGUCGCCCACGCGACCUCCGCGGUCCUCCACGAGACACGUGAGCGCCCAGAGACGCAAGCGUACCUCGACGACCUCACGCACAUGCACAAGGUUGUGAUGCAGACGGCAGACCAGGCGAGCAUCGAACGUCUCGCGAGCCGGCUUGCGGAGGCCAACCCCCCGGUGCCACACCACCUGUGGAUCGAGCAGCCCGAAAACGUGCCGACGUGCCUCGCCCUCGCGCCCAACCGGCGCGAGUCGAAGAUCAAGAAGGCCCUAGACAAGGCGGGGUGCCGGUUGUGGCAAGGCUGA